CCAGAGCCAAGACAUGAGAAAGUUUGGGAAGACACAAAGAAAGCUGCGGAGUAUAUUAAACAUUUGUCACCCCCUGUUUAGUGAGACCCUUCUUCUGGUGCAAGCCAUGUGUCUCAACAUGGGGGACUUGUCUAUGACACAAAUAGACCCUGAGUUGACCUACACCUUGGGAGAGUUCAUGGACGACCAGGAGCACUACAUCCGUGACGUGAGCCUCAAAGUCCAGCGCUACUACUCCAUGCUGCACCACCUGACCAUCCGCACCUGCUGGGACGAUGUCAUCAAUGCUGGGCUGGCAGUAGAGAGAGACGAAAGGAAAUACUCCGCCCCUAAGAGGGUUAAUGAGCUGCGCAAGAUGCAGAGAAUGAAACACAGUCCUCCCACUGGGAACAACAAGCCUGAAGACUUAGACAUUGGUGUGUGGGUUGAUGCAAGCCAAGAUGUGAAGGAGGACCUGGAUGCCAGAAGGAUCAGCCAGUGCACACGGCUGGCUAGGCUCAUAUACCAAAUUGAUUGUCUGUUUUGCAACACCUUGCACCAAAUUUACAUCAAUUCCUUAUCUAAAACAGCAAAAUACUUAUCUCAACAAAUGGCCACAUUCCCCUCCAGCGAUGAAAUUAAAAAUAUUGUCAAAGGUUACAUUGCCGAUCUGGAUAUCCCAAACAUUUUGGAGGACGGCAGUGAUGAUGACAACGAUGAUGAUGACGACAAAGCAGGUGUCAGUGGUUUGGGUGGAAAUGAUCAGAAAGAAACUUUAGAGAAAAGUAAAGGGGAUACCCCAAAAACUGAUCAACAAGCGCCUCCAUCUGGGGCUGUUGCACAGAUGGAAAAAUCUAAUGCACCGAACGUGUUGAUCGUGCGAAAUGUGGUGGAUUCAUCAUCCACAGCGCCGAUGAGUACAGCAUCCGUCCAAACAAACUUCAGGUCGGAUUCAGUCGGGAUGGAUACAAGUUCCGUAUACGACAACGCAGAGUACAUCCCCUUCAUGCGGGGUGACAUGGACUUGUCUGAUUCGCUAGAUACCACAUCAUCAACCAUAUCUGACGAUGAUGAUGCUAAUUCUAUGGGCAAUCACUUUGAAUACGUGGAGUACCCCGUCAGGGAUAUUGAACAGGUGGACUUUCUAGAUUUAGAUGCUCCGGCUAUAACUGGCACGGAAAUGAGAGUCUACAGAAUGCCGAAUGAACAGACGUACGACGAGUUGAUGAAUGACCAAGUUGUGACCGGCGUGGAGGAGACUAACAAUGAAGAUGUGACCAUUAUUGAUCACUUCGGAACAAUUGAACCGGUGGAGUUGAUCAACGAUGAUGACGAGCCGUUAUCCGAGGAUCUCACCAUAACUUCUGAUGACAAAUUCAAUCCAGGAAUCUCACAGAAUGUUCCAACCUUCUUCGUGACCACUGACGCUGCCCAGCAGCGCUACCUGAAUUCUAAGGUGUUCCCACCUUUUGACAAGCUUAAAGACUUGAAACUGAAGCAAAAAAUUAAUGAGAAAAAAAGCAAGCCGAUCAAGAAUGAAUUGGUUUUAUUAAAGAACACUAUUCCCGUGCAGCAAAAUAUGUUGAAAGAAAAAGCAAAGCAAGGAAAGACGAUCAUGGUUACACCAAAUAAAGAAGUUUUAAAGGUGAAAAUGGAUGUCUCUGAGGAUGAAGCCUGUGAACACAUCAGCCAGGCUGAAACAGGGAAGCUGUUAAAGGAUUCUCAGCUCUCUGGAGUUUUCAGCCACCUGUUUGACCAAGUUCUGGAAUCUUCUGUAGACAAAACAGCUGACCACACGGAGGUUGUUUUGGAUUUUCCGAUACUGGACGGCACCACAUGGGAGACUCAGAAUAUUGGUCAGUAUAUGAAUAUCCGAAGCUCGACAAGUACAUCAGUCGAUGCAUCCGUUUCUACACCAAGUGGGACAUGGCCGAAUAAUGUUCCUGAAAAUAAGGCGGACAAUAAGCAGCUAGGCAACGAUGAUUCCUCUCUUAGUUCAGGAUCGAGUAAAAACAAACCGUUUGCGUCCAAAGGUUUCCAUGACAUUAAUUCCCAAAAACCCAACCGGAAGGAGGGCAGCGACAGCAACAACAAUGUCAUCGGGGAAGACAGCGUAGAUGGACACAUGGACAGCAACAUUGACCGUGUGACCUAUCCUCUGUCCCCGUGCCAACCAACCGUUUCUUUCUACACUGUGGAGAAGAAACAGACCAAAGAGAGCGAGAAAGGUGAAAGUAGCCAGAUAAAUAUUUUGGAGUUUCUGGCUCGUGAGAUGGAGUAUCCACAUAGUCAUGUGGAUUACAACACGUACCACAACUCCACCCGCAGCUUGUAUCCAGGCAGGUCGAUACCGGACACGUUUGUUGAAGAAGUAUCUGACGACGUAUCUAAGUCGGAUAUCCUGGUCGAUCGUAAAAACGGUACAAGGAUAACGUCGGAUGAAUCAAAGAAUUUACAUAUCAUAGCUAGAACAGGAGUCAGGAAAGAUGGGGGGAAGCGAAGAAAAGGCGGAAAGACAAGUGGCGGUUUGUCUGCCAGUGGGGAGGUUGUUGCUGGUGGUAAUGUCCAGUUACAGUCAACACAGGGAAGUCUCGGGUCUCCUGUCGUGAAAACUGGCAGCCUUUCUAAGUUGGUUUCAUUUUCUAAUGUUGACAGCAGCUUGACCGAUGAGGCCCCGUCCAGCUUGGGUAAAGAGGGCUGCAGCGUGAGUAGAAUGGACGGCCAGAAUGCGCUGAGAGACACAACAGGGAGUAUGUUAAUUAGAGCAGCAUCGUUUGAUGAUCUGAGGGAAGACUCUGCAGACAUAAAAAACAUCAGGGAAAUGUUUUCCUACCAGAUUAGUUCUCCCAGACCCGAGCUGAACGAUGCUGGUCAUGACGUUGAACAGUCCAGCAUUCACAAUAGCCCUAACCCUCGGUUUAACAGCCCGGUGCUAACCUACCGUGUGUCCAGUAGCGUCCAGUUGGACGACAUCACCGAGAAUCAGCUCGUUAACAUCAUCGACCAACCACUGCAAGACGAGGCGGAUAAUAGUUUAACACUAUCCGGGGGCGCGCCAGCGGAUGUGGAGAAAAAUGUAUCCACAAACCGGAAAGAAAACGCUGAUAGUUUAGUUUUGGAUCAACAGUCCACGGUAUCCAGCUCAGGCCAGGAAAGCACAGAUUCCAAUGAGAAGCAACAGAACAGGAACUGUUUGUUGGCAGGGGGAGGGGGAGGCUCUGGGCCCACAAGUAAAGUCCAGCUGGGGGUGGCGACUGGUCGAGAGAUCAAGCCAAUGUUUCAUGCUGCGAUUCAUAUCAAGGAUGAUGUGGUCACUAUGAUGCCCGAUGUUUAUGAUUUUACCGGUGCUGCAUUCAAUAUGAUCCAUGACAUGGAAGAGCACCUGCUCAGCUUUGAAACCCUGACAUCCAACGCAUGGUUCCAGACUUUUGUCCAGCCAGCAUCACUCAAAGAAACCAACAAGAAAAUCAAGGGCCCAAGCCUAGAAACUAUAUUACGUCGGGAUCCCAAUUUUGUCAAGGAGAAGAAUGAGAUUUAUGGGGCCAUAGAUGGCAUGUUUUUCUUUGCUGGGAUCUACCUAGGGGAGAUGCAGCAGCUCUACAGCAAGUACUUCCAACACAGGUACCUGCUCACUGCAGACAGGGAGCCCAUUUAUUACCUGCAGAUGCUGCAGUGGCAUGAUACACAGUUGAAGAUUAUUGAGAGGCUCCCUGAAUCCCAGAGACUUGGGACCUUCCUCUUUGACCUGACCCCAUACAAAGACAGCGUCCGCCUGAUCACCACAGACAACCUGAGCCUCAUCCAGCUACAGCUCAAUGGCGACGCAGUGCAGAAAACACAGAGGCUCAUGGAGAAAUUUGAGCAGAUUUUGUCUGUGUUGGAGAGUAAACCCACUUUGUUGGAUGACCUGUUCAUUCGCCUCACCACAACAGAUAAACUCUCCGACAUUAUUCAGGAUGUGGAGAACAAGGAUGUCAACCACAUAGCUGAGUUGUACAAUAUUAUAGACAGAUUUGCUGUCCCCCACACCGAGGCAGACAGGAGAGUCUUUGAAUCCUGCCAUUACAUGAUCUCAGAUAUCAGGCGAGCAGGGGAAGUAAGCCUAGCAAGCAGGACUGAAAUGAUUCAAGGAUUAGAGCAGUGCCUGGACAGGGACAUCUUGUGGAUUCAGCUGCAGGUGAAGAGCCGCCUGAAGCCACUGGUUGAGAACCCGAUGUUUUUAGAUGGGAGAGUGGACGCACACCAUGUCCGUCUGGCCCUUACUCAAGCAGAAACACUGGUCAGGUCCUAUGUGGCCAAGGCUAACUUUGUCAGAGAGGUCCAGAGAUAUUUAGAAAAACCAGAGAGUCAGUUUAAGGAACUGUUUGAGAUAUCCUCACGCUAUGUCAACACACGCAACCUUUGGCUGCUCAUGGCUGACUGGGACACCAAGCUGGACAGGUGGAAGCAUCAAAGUUUCACCACCCUGGAUAUACAGAAAAUUAACAGCUACACCUUCAAAUACAUGGAAGCCUGUAACAAGCUGGAGAAAGUCUUGCCCAAGAAUACUGUGGUCACUGUUUUUGGUGAAAAGAUGGAUGUCAUGCUGAGGUGGCUGAACUUUAUCAUCGAGUUCCGCGGUCAGGCGGUCAAACCCCGGCACUGGAGGCAGAUUGAAGAAGUGCUGGGGGUGGAGUUUGGAGACGUCCUGCCCUUGACCCUGGCCAGUCUCAUGUCCAUCAAUGCAGUGGACAAACAGAAAGUGCUGCAUGUGAUUUUAAACAAGGCCAGAGCUGAGUCCAAUGUGCAGAAUGAAUAUGAUGAGGUCUGUCGUCAGUGUACGGACCUUGUUCUACCCAUCCACGUCAAGCAAAAAUCUUUGUUAGAAAAUGAAACUGCUGUGACUGUUUAUUUAAUGGGAGACACAUUUGAGAUUGAAGAGUCCCUAAACUACUGUGUGAUGGAGUUGGAGAGGAUUGACCUGUCCCCGCACAGCAGCUUCCUCCACGAGAGCCUGGAGCUUAUCCUGCACAGGAUAUUCGAAUCUCUAGAGAACAUCGUCCAGUGGUCAGAGGUGCAGAUGAAACUGACCAGAUUGCGAAGGCUGCUGAUCCGCCAUCCUGAAAUUGUCCAAACCAUGAGCACAGAGGCCAGCCACUACAAACACAUUUUUAUGGAGUAUUCCAAUUUCCUGGAGAGAGUCCAAGCUAACCCAAAUGUCAUUCAUUGGUGCACAUCACAAGAGCUGCGGGAUUUAGUUGAGAACAAGCUCACAGAGAUUGUCAGCCUGUACAGAGUUUUCAAGCGAGAGAUUGAGUUGAGGGGCUCAGCCACAGACAAUGCUGGGAGGGACCCAUUCCAGUUUGGUGUUUGACUUGUACCCAUAACAGUAGGAUCUUGAUACUUGUUUCUAAAACAUGUUUCUGAUACUUGUAUCCAUAACAGUAGGAUCUUGAUACUUGUUUCUAAAACAUGUUUCUGAUACUUGUAUCCAUAACAGUAGGAUCUUGAUACUUGUUUCUAAAACAUGUUUCUGAUACUUGUAUCCAUAACAGUAGGAUCUUGAUACUUGUAUCUAAAACAUGUUUCUGGUACUUGUAUCUCUAACUUGUUCCAGAUACUUGUAUCUAUACAUGUUGCUGAGACUUUUAUCCAUAUCAGUAGGAUAUUGAUAUUCUGUAUCUGCUACAAGUUCCUAAUACAUGUAUCCAUAUCAGCAGGAUCUUGAUAGUUGUACCUGUAACAUGUUCCCUAUACUUGUAUAUGUAACAUGGUCCUGAAACUUGUAUCCAUACACGUUGCUAAUAGUUGCAGCUGUAGCAAGUUAUUGGUUGAGGUUUUUUGUACUAAGGUGUUUGAGCUGUUUGUGGCAUACAUCAACAUCAACAUGUGCCUGAUACUUGUAUCACCACCAGCAAGUUCCUGAUAAUUAUACCAAAAUGUCCCUAUUUGUAGCAUACAUCACUACUAAUUUCAGCUCCAUACUUGUAUGAUUCAAGUACCUUGUUUAUUGUAUACCAAAAUGUCCCUAUUUGUAGCAUACAUCACUGAUAACAUACGCUUGAUACUUGAACCUUAUAACAAAAUCAAACAUUUUCUUUUAUGUCAAUACCAGCAGCUUAUAAAAUCAGGACAAACUAAAACUUAAAAAUAUAUUUUUUACUCAGGAUCUUUUGUAAGCCCAAUAA